GUAGAAAAAUAAGUUCACGACUCUGUCCAAUCAAUGAAUGGGCGGAAGUUCGGCUCGUCACCUCCCACCGGGUUUGUAAACACUGUGUGACUGCUACACGUUCACUUCACUGAUCACAGCCGGAACAACUGGAUCGACCGUUGGCAGUGAUUCCCAGGUCCUCCACGGUUUACUUCCCGGUCUCUGCUGCGGCGUGUGAGAGUGAGUGAGUGAGUGAGUGUGUGCCUGUGUGUGUGUGUGUUUGUGUGAGACCUGUGACCGGCGGAGACUGCAGAGAUGUCGGAUAACGGAGGAUCGGCUGUCGGCCUCUUUGCGUACGAGACGCUGGUUCACGCGGUGGCGGGAGCUAUGGGCAGCGUGACAGCGAUGAGCGUCUUCUUCCCUCUGGACACGGCCAAGAGCAGACUGCAGGUGGACGAGAAGCGGAAGUCCAACUCCACCCCCAUCAUCCUGGCUGAGAUCGCAAAGGAAGAAGGCCUUCAGUCCCUGUACAGAGGCUGGUUCCCAGUCAUCUCCAGCCUCUGCUGCUCCAACUUUGUCUACUUCUACACCUUCAACACGCUGAAGAGGCUGGCGGUCUCUGGUCCAGGCAGGCCCGGACCCGGCAAAGAUCUGCUCAUGGGAGUUGUAGCAGGGGUGGUGAAUGUGGUCCUGACCACUCCCAUGUGGGUGGUCAACACUCGGCUGAAGCUGCAAGGGGCCAAGUUCCGUAACGAGGACCUCCAGCAGACCCAGUACAAUGGAAUGUUUGAUGCUUUCUCGCAGAUCAUUGCCAAUGAGGGAGUGGGAACUCUGUGGAACGGCACUCUGGCCUCUCUCAUCCUCGUCCUCAACCCGGCUGUGCAGUUCAUGUUUUAUGAGGCCUUGAAGAGGAAGGCGGGCAGGGGAGGGAAGAAGAUAUCCUCAGCAGAGAUCUUUGUGAUUGGGGCUAUUGCCAAGGCCAUUGCUACCACGGCAACAUAUCCUCUUCAAACAAUUCAAGCCAUCCUGAGGUUCGGUCAGUACAAAGGCGAUGGAAAGAGCCGUGUGACAGGAAGCCUCUCCAGCAUUCUCUCCCUGUUCAUGGAUAGAAUCAGGAGGAACGGUGUCCUUGGUUUGUACAAAGGCCUUGAGGCCAAACUGCUCCAGACGGUACUGACGGCUGCCCUCAUGUUUGUGGUGUACGAGAAGAUCACUUCUGCGACCUUCAGAGUCAUGGGCCUGAACAAGAAGCUGAAGCAGUGAACAAACGCCCACUUCGGCAUUAACACACUUGUUGUAAGUGGGUUUUGUUUGUGCCAGAAGUUACAUCGAUUUUGUGCCUUUAGGGCUACAGACGCUCGCCCAAAACAACCACAAAGGUAACACUUGUGUUUUUAACCUAUUUCCAUCUGUGCAGACUGACCAUGAAUAUCAGCUCUGUUGAAUUUGGUUGGAGUUUUAUGGUUAAUUUAAGGAAGUAAAUCAUGAUAAUGUAUUCGGUAAGUCUGCUAUGGUAACAAAUUUAACCAAGUUACUGGUCUUAAUUAAUCGGACCAUCUAGAAACAACAUUAAUGUUGGCUUGAUUUAAUUUAGCCCUGUGAUGGAGAAACAACCUGUUCAGGGUAUUCACCACCAAGCCUCUCUUAACCCUUUAAGAAUUUGAGUUAAAGCUAAAUGCCAAUGAUUUCAUAUGCACAUAAAGACAGAGAUUCCCUUGCCUACAAUGAAAUUAUAUUUAACAAACAUGAGAUCUUAGGACUAGUAGGGACAAAUAUUACAUUACUUGUAAAGGAAAGGUUUGGUAGAAACUGUGUUUACUGUCUGUGAGACAACUCUGGAAAACAGAGAUCUGACGUUUUUUUAACUUCAAGAUAUAACCAGUGUGUUACUUUCUGAAUCAGCUGUAGAAGUGCUUGUUGCUGGACUUCGUUACCUUUAGCCACAGGCAGACUCGGCCUCAUUCAUUCUCAGUGACUUAGCAUUAACAGCAUUUCCCCCAAAGUAUCAAACUUUGUCUGGGUUCUUCCAGAAAUUAUGAGACCAAGAAUUUACCUCCUUGUGCGUUGCCUGGAUCAUUCCUCAUACACUCCGUCAAAAGUUUAACUGUGAAAUUAACUCACGCACAAUAUAUCGUUACUACACACAAAUGAGCUGUAACAAC